AUGUAUUUACCAGUUAUUCUAACUUUAAUGUUGAUUUUUGUAACAAAACUAACAAUUUGUAAUGAAAGGCCAGUGAUUGGAAUACUAACACAAGAAGUUUAUUGGUCUCAUCUAAACAAUUUAAAACCACAUGAUAAGUCGUAUAUAGCUGCAUCUUAUGUUAAAGCAAUUGAAGCUUCUGGAGGGCGAGUUGUACCAGUUUUCACAAACAGGACUACUGAAUAUUAUACGGAUGUAGUGAACAAAGUAAAUGGAAUUUUGGUCCCAGGAGGAGGAUGUGCGUUUAAUAUUAGUUUCGGAAUCAGUCAAUCUACAAAUGAAGUUUUUAACAUUGCCAAACGUAUUAAUGAUGGUGGAGAUCAUUUUCCAAUACUUGGAAUUUGUCUAGGAUUUGAACUUCUUUUAAUCGCAUCCAUUGGUGGAAAAAAUCCUCUAAUACGUUGUAAUUCUAACAACGUGAAUUUACCACUAAAACUAAUACCAACAAUGGAAGAAAAAAGUGUGUUAUUCAAAACAAUGCCAAAGGAUAUUCGAAACAUAUUACUUACAGAACCAGUCACAGCAAAUCAUCAUAAUCAUUGUGUAACAAAAGAAAACUUUACGUCAAUGGAGUUAGAUCACUUUUGGAAUCCCAUAACAAUAAAUAAAGAUGAAAAUAAUUUAACAUUCAUAUCCACAGCAGAAGCUAAAAAUUACCCAUUUGUUGGGUUACAGUUCCAUCCAGAAAAAAAUGCUUAUGAAUGGGUAAGAAAUGACCCUCAUAGUUGUUCAGCAAUUUAUUCAGCACGCUAUUUUUAUGAUUGGUUUGUAAAUGAAUGUCGUAAAAAUAACCAUGGAUAUAUCAACCAAAGGAUACUGGAAAAUGAAUUAAUUUAUAAUUACCCUACCACAUACGUGGCAAAAUUGAAUUCUACUUUCGAGCAAGUUUACUUUUUUAACGAAUAA